GACUCGCGCGACUUCGCAGCCACGACAGGCAGGCUUGUUUUCAAACAGUCGUCGGGGUUGGUUAGUUGCACGGUCACCUCGCGUGUGUUUGCGCGCGACCGCGGCUCUCCUCCUCGUGAUGAAAAGAUCGUGACGCGGCGACCAGCCUGCGGACCGCGGACGGAAAGGAUCGUGAGGCUGUGAGGCUCAGCGUCGAUGAUCCAUCGAGGAUCGAGGAGAAGGCGGCCACAACUCGCGAGCGCUCGAUCGGACCAAAUGACACCGUGAUUAUCCGCGACUGAGCGUCGCCACAAUUAGAGUGCGGUGACAAAGUGUCAAUUUCCGCGGGAGGGGGAGCAGUGACGUGGAUGCGAUGGGGAAAACGGACAUCGCGACGUUCUCGAUUUGCGGAGAGAGCACCGGCGAGGCGGUCUCUCGAGUUCUCGUCUGAACGACCCGGAAGACCCGUCGCCAGCACUGAAAUCGCGGCACCGAGGCUCUCUCGAAGGCAGAUUUCCUGGAAACUCUGCUGGAUCGAGACGCAAACGCGAGUGCUUCGUGCUUGCGCUCUUACGGAUAAUGGUAAAAUAAAAAAGAAAUCGUCGAGCUUCUGCGAAGACGUUGCUAUCGUCGUUUGCGGCGGAGCGCUGCGGAUACGAUCGAUUUCAAUCGUCGAUAUUCAUCACUCGCUGAGCGAACGCGUCAAGAUACACUCUCCGUCCCGAAGAACGCGGCGAAGCAUCGUACGACUGGCGCAGCUCGAAGCCGAGCUCGAAGGGAAAGCCCCUUUAAUUUUAUCAGCCAGCCGCUAAUCCGCACCGAUAGCGAGCGGCCGCGUUUCGAAUAUCGGCCGCGACGGAGCGGCGUCGCGGACGAUCGUAGAUCUCGCGCGGGAUUCGCGCGAGUAAUUCCCGACAGUUCUUCCCGAAGUCCCCCAAGUUGCCUCAGGCAUGCACGCGUUUUCCGCCGCAGCUGAGAGUCAUCGCUUUUCCCGCCGCCGAUAGCACGUUCGGCAAACAAGGCGGGAGGAGAGCGCGAUCAAUUUCGCGAAGAGAGGUGGACGAAGCUCGCGGCGAACGAGAGGGACUACGCCGUCGGCUACUUAUCGUCUUUAAGAACGAUGGACACAGCUAAGUAGCAUGUUCAUGGAAGAACAACGUUCCGAGAAUCCCGCGAAUCCCAGAGGCGUUAUCGGCAAGAUAAUCGCUCGAGCCAAGGUUGCUCGCAAGUGGAACAACCAUUAGAGACGUCAUCAUACUAUCGUGGGUGUCCUCCAGAAAAGCGCCUCUCCGUCUCGCUCUCUCUCUCUCUCUCUCUCUUUCUCUCUCCCUCUCCUUCUCUCUCUCUUUCUUUCUCGGGCAGAUCGAUUUUCUCUCUAUGGAAUAACUCAGCGGCGUAUACGCCACUUCCACUUUCGCACAUAAAUAAUAACGGUGACGGUCGCGGCGAGCACGCGGCGGGAAACUCAGUUGCAUAAUAAGCCCGUUUGCCCGCGGAAGGAUCCUCCGAGGGGGAUUUCGAGCGCGAGCGCGGACACACAUCGGCCGGUGGUUUUCGAGGGCGCGGGUGAAAAAUCACGUCAUUGUCCCGACGCAAAUCCGCGAUAUGUCAGCGACGAUGUAAAGAACACGGGGUGGAUGAAAUUUUAACGAUGUCACUUCCGCGGUGACGGUAGCACAGAAAUACGGGGAUCGAUACCGCCUCUCUCUCUCUCUCUCUCCCUCGCUACUUUUUUUCAAACUGUCGUUAAACGGCCGCUCGGCGUUGCCCCGGCGUUAAUGGAAUUACCGACAUCUAAUUCCACGCUGCUCUAUGUAGAGCACCUGCGCGCGACUACGAGUCUAAUGGCGUUAACGCGCGGUAAUUGGCCCAAGUGCAUCGGGCAGAUGCGCGUCUAGGCGAAAGAAGACCAAAGGAGGCUCCCUGCGCCACGCGCAAACACAGAAAGGGUCCUCUUCGCUAUUACGACGGUUUAUCGACGAACGGCGGCCGACCGCCGCCGCCACCGUCGCCGCCGCCGCCGUCGCCGCCGCCGCCGCCGCCGCGAGGAUGAAUCGUAAAGUGAGUCACCGUGAGUGAUUGAAAAAGAAGAAGAGCAGAGUGACAGGGGAAUUGGAGGCGGGAACCCGCAAUUCCACAGAUCCGCGGAGUCACGCGUCGUCCAGCGAAGCGCGCGAGGCCGAUGAAUCACUCGGAUCCUGCGGCGAAUCCUUCGGUGCCGGGGACUCUCGGUCGGCCAACGAAAUUCAUUGACUCGCAAUUAGAGGAGGAGGAAGAGGAGGAAGAAGAAGAAGAAGAAGAAGAAGAAGAAGAAAAAUUAACGUUAUCGUUAACGGGGGAAAAGUCGCAGGCAGGAUUUCACACACACGCAUCCCGGUGGAGUAAAUCAAUCAGAAAUGUUCUCUCCUUCUCUCGCCCUCUACAAUUGACAACUGACUGGCAUCUCGUUCGCAGCCGCGAACCGAGGACUUCCGAGUUUCCGAGGACGAAGCAAUAAACUCGACGCCCGAGAGGGAUCAUCUCGCGCGCGUUCGCCGCUCGACGAAACGGCCUGACGAUCGUGCGUCACGACGCGUGUUCGUGCUCGUAAGAGGUCGAUAGCUAUAGCGAGUCCAUUUGAUCGAUGAGCCUCGCGACACACAUAUACACGCACUUCAUCGGCGCGGACUCGCUGAACUUUUACUUUGCCGACGGAAGUGGCGCGCACGGCUGGCCGCGAGAACCGACAUCUGAGAUAUCUAUCUCGCGGCUCAUAUUUUUGGAUCGCGCGCGCGCGGGGGUGAUAUUUGACGGAGAGGCGUUGCCUCUCUCGCGAAUACCGAAAUGGAGCUGUCGCGAGCGAUCGCUCAUUAUUAGUGCCGAACGAGCGCGCGGUACGUUGAUCCGCCGCCAUUUGCUCCGGCGCUUCCUCUCGCCUCGUGGCGGGACGGUGUGAUUGAAGCUUUACGUCAAGUUCGCUGCAGCCGCUCCACCCCGCGAAAGUGAUGAAACCCCGACAUGAGGCCGGCCGUCUCUUAUUAUGCCGCGUGCUCCGGCGGAAUGCGGUCUUAAUAACGCGCGACGUUAUUUCUAUUACGUUCCCCGGAGAAUCACGAGACAGCAGAGGGUCAAUUCAGGUGGAGAUGUUUCGAUUGAGAGAGUAGAAAGGCGCUCGUGAAAGUUGAAGCAAGUUACAAGGUCGCUCGACACGGGGGCUCGUGUCUCUUGAAAUUUAUACGCCCGGGGUCGCUCCUCCCUGAAGUUUACGGCUGCUUUGGGAUUAAAACUCGCGCAAGUUGAAGCCGCCAUCUGAGGGAAGAGUUGAAGAAGAAGAAGUCGAAGAAGAAGGAGGAGGAGGAGGAGGAGGAAGAGAAGAGGAAGAAGAAGAAAAAGCGGGCUCUGGGAUCGAGAAGGACAGAUCGCACAGUGUCACGCGAUGGGCCGAAGACAAAGGCGCCGUAAGGUACCGAAACAGGAUCGCAGAAUUUGUGCGUGUAUAUUCCUCUGCCAGUUCACCCUUGUCAUCAGUUCCGUGGCCUUGAUUUACCUCAGCGUGGCAAUCUACACUCCGUCGCACAGAGCUUUCCACGCCGGCAUCGAACCGGAACCGGUGAUGUGCCAAACCGUAAACUCCACGAUGGUGAACAAUUGCGGCUGGGCGAGCUGCGGCGAGUGGUGCUUGACCAAGACCAGCGGCCUGUGCAACCAGAUUCACGCGACCGUCCGACGUAACGGCACCGACGUGCUUUUCGAGAAUUGCACCAAGUUCAACACGAUCGCGUGCCCUCAGGUGGACAUGGGCAGGAUGAAGAAGUACAACUGCAACAACGGCAGCGAGUGCGGCAUGUUGUCGGGCGUGUUCAACUGCAACCUUGGCCACUGCGCCAACAUGAGCGAGCUGAUGCUCUGCCACCACAAGGCCGACGGCAUCAUCGUCGACAGCGAGAAGGACAACAUGAAGCUGAACGGCUACUUCAGCUGCCAGAACUCCCGAUGCACGAAGAUCAAGAGCGCCUUCAGCUGCGACCGGUACUGCCCGAGUAUCAACACCAGCUGGAUCAACGUGUACCUCAUGCAGGACGACAACGUCAUCUCCGCCAGGUGCUCCCGCGGGAUGGCCUGGAACAGGGCGAACGGCAGCUUGCCUGGCACCAGGCUUGACGAACCCGUCAGGAUCUGGAGCGACCAGAACGGCAGCAUCAUCGCGAGCUGUUACACCGUCAAGCUCGAUGGCGACGUCAUCAGUGCGGAGGAUUGCGUGAACGGCACCUUGCUGAACGACGACAUCCCGCUUCCGCAACCGUUCAUUAACUUCACGAGCUUCCUGAAGGUCUACGAGGGGAGUCUGCAGCACCCGGUGGACCCUACGAACGCGUACGUCCCGGCGCAGCAGUCGCUGACGAUCUACAACAGCUCGCGACUCUACAUUAAUCUCGAGCGCUGCGUCAACACUCUGAGGGGCGAGUGCAAGCAAUUUCAGCUCACCCACGGUCGCGACGGCGACAAUCAGACCGCGCAGAGCAGGUAUCCCUGCUACUAUAACAAGAACAAUUCGUUCUUCGUGGUGGCGCGCUUCGACCUGAGGAAGACGAAGACGGAGCUGCUGAUCGCCGUGAUCGUGCCGUCCGCGCUCUUCCUCAUCAGCCUGGUCAGCCUGAUCAUCAUUAGUCAGUCCGUGCGAGUGGGGGACGACACGAGGAUGCGGUGCAGGUAUUGCGACGGCAAGCAGGAGGUCGAGGGCGAGGACGAGGGGCUCGUGGAGGCCGCGACGUCGUCCGCCACUCAGAGUCAGACCAACGAGAACGAGGUCCGAAGUAUGGCUCUUUAGCAGUACAAACCGCUCGGGAUCGGCGCGCUCGGUUACGAGAGACUGCCGUUGGUCGACAUGGACGACGCCGAGGACUCCUUCUAGAAGGGGACAACGAUCCCUGGGCUUUCAUCAAGCUGCCGUCAUGACGCAUGGUCAUCUAUCUCGCGAUCCGCGCGUUUCCGGACGAACGGCUCGGAAAAUGACGCGGACGAAGCGAAACGAGACGAAACAAACGGACGGCGACGCACGCCCGAGUAACGCGUCUCGGUCGAGGUCGAGGUCGAGGUCGAGGUCGAACUCGCAGACAUUAGCCGUCGUCUUCCGGGGUGUGUGAGGUGCUAUGCUCUUUGAACUCUUCUCUUCUCGCUUGCGAUACGCCGCCGCGCUACGCGGCGAGCGGGCUCAAGCGAGAGCAAUCUCUGCCAGUGAAACUCCCGUCGAAAGUAAAAGCCGCGCAGGCUCCGGGUUAGUCGCGGUUAAUAUUUAUAUCGCGAAUCAGCCGAGCGCGAGUUUUCAAUCGAUAUUUGUAAGCCGAUAUAAUCCCACCGUUGCCUUCGAUGUAUCGCCAGCACGUUUGUUUGCGCGCGGGAAGAGCGGAUGACACCGAUCACACCGGUCGCGCAUCGAUCGGUCGCAGCGCGGCGCAGCGCUGACGGAGAUUUCGCCGUCGGAUUAACUUUAAGGGAACUUUCGUUAAGAACGUUAAGUAUGUACGUAACAAGGUGUAUAACAGAGCUCGCGUCUAACGCCGCCGUGACCCGAUGAGAGAAAAGGAGGAGAAAAUAGCGUUUGCACAUCGAUACAUCAGGUCAAGUGUAAUCUCUCUCGUAAUCGUUCUUGCGCGUCGGCAUACGCUUCGUGUGUGUGUGUGUGUGUGUGUGGUGUGUGCGAGUGAGACGGAGAGAUCUUUAAUCAACGAAAACAGAACGAGAUAACGGAAAUAUAAAAGCGCGGAGGAUCCGUUACCGGAACAUUGCGGCGUAUUCUCUGCAUCGUAUCUGCGCGAAACACAAACACACAAACACAUACACACACACACACACACACACACACAAGAAAGGGAAAGAGAAAAACGAGCAAGCUUUCUUCGACGUACAAAGUAGACAGCGUAGGCCAUUCAACGUUCCUUCAAUAUAUCCGAUCACCAACGAACGACAUGUUUAUAUUUUUUCUACAUCUAUCCAUCCAGUAUCGCGCGCUGCGCAAUGUGACGCUGCAAAAUACGCGAGCGAUAUCGCGCGACUAAAUGACGAGCGAGCGCGAUGCGCUCGCCAGCCGGCGAGCCGGAAGCGCUCUCCCGUUUUGUAAUACGCGCACUCGAACGCUACGACUGCCUAUACGUAAAUUAAUUGUACAGUACAUUGUAUUUAUGUGCCGAGACACGUAUACUCGCGAUGUAAGUUAAAGUAUGUACACGACACGCUCUCUCUCUCUCAGCGAGCCGUUUAUAAUAUUAUUCGCGGUGAUCGAUAAAACGCGCCGCGAGCGCGAUCCCCGCGCUGACGUGUUGCGCAUCAGAAGCCGAUUCGGCAAACACAAUCUCGUCGGCGGCGAGCACUCGAAGAGCUCGCGAGAUCAACGAGCGGAUAUUGUAACGUUAAUCAAGCGGUAGCGAUAAUGGCCGAUUCGCUGUGGAGAGAUUCGCGCAAUUCCGUGAAAUCAUCCCACGCUUUGCGUCACCCGCUGCAACACGCAUUCCUAUUCCUACCCGCGAGAUUUGACCGAAAUAAAUAACUCCUUCGGAGAGAAGGGAGAAGAAACGAUUGCAGAAACAGAUUAUUACAGAAUGAUCGUAAUUGUAUCGUAAUGGAGACGUAAUGAAGAAAGAUUUUCUUAUUUAUUAGCCGUGAAAAGAGGGACGCAUAUAUAUAUAUUUUGUACGAUAUUUAGCCGAGGAUUUGUGCGUAGAGAUUGAUGCGUAUAAAUACUCGCGAGGCUAUUAACCCUUUAAGGACCGAGGCAAAUCCAUGAAAAGGGUCUGAAGUCCCAAAAAUUAAAAUCCAUCAUAUUUCGCUGAAAAUCUGUAGAUGAGGGGUUUUAGUGAUGCUGAAUACGAAUUUCAUGUUAAAUUUCUAAAAUUCAAGAUACGCAGAUCCAAUAUGGCGGAUCGAUCACGAUAAUUCCCAUAUUUUCGAAAAGAAUUAAUUCACUCAAACUCCACGUUCAGGUUUUCUAAGUGCCGACUGUAAAUUAUUCGCAAAUGGUAUCCGAAAACAAGUUUGAAAUAUAUGUAAUUGCAAGGUCGCAUUAUAUAAAGAUACAUGUUUCGAUAAGUGCCAUGAACUGUAGAAAAAUAGUGGAAGAAUAAUUGAACAGGAGAGAAAAAAGACGGAGAAAUAAGGAAGGAGAUGAUAAAAGACAUUGAAGGAUGAAAAAUAACGAAAAAAUCAGGAAAAAUGGAAAGAAAGUGAAAAUGAUGAAAGAAUGAAAGAAACAAAAAAUUAAAAAAAGCACAAAAAAAUAGAGAACAAAAAAAAACGAAAAAGUGGGAUGUUAAAUCCAAUCGUCAACCUCCUCGAAUUCACAAAAUACUUGUGGGGGAUGCAUUCUGGGGAAUACAUUUUCAACAAAUGUAUUCGCGAAUGUCAAGGGUAAGAAUUUUUUGCAUAUAUAUAAUCCGUCAUAUUAGAUUCACCAAUGUCAAUUUCUGAAUUAUAAUGGAACAUUCAUAUUUAGCACUCCUGAAAAUCUCUAUAAAAGUAAUAGCAAGAUCAUACAUAUAUUCUUUCGACAAACCCACUGUGGUGUUGCCACAGUAUUGACUCCGCCAUAUUGACUUAGCCAUUCUGAAUUUCGCAAACCUGAUGCCAAAUUCGUAUUCAGCAACCCAAAAAACAUAAGGUUUCCGCCAGAACUCAUUUUUCUUCAGAUUUUUUCAGCCUCAAGACGGUCAUAUGUUUCAUGACAAAGAUUCACGGAAAAUCGGAAAGAGACCGUUUUCCGAGUGGCUAUAUUUCGUUUAUGAUGCGGAAAAUGGAAAAAUUGACUGCGUCAUCGUGUUCAUCGAACUUGAAAACAUGUAGUAACACUCUUUGUCAUUAUUUAGAACACGCCUGGAUUUCAGCAUAAUAAAAUGUUUCAUGGCAAAGAUUCGCCUUUUCCCGGUCCUUCCCGGGCAAAUUCCUAAAUGACAAAGAUUUUUGUCAUCGGUGCUUAAAGGGUUAAUAGGCUUUGAGAGAAUAGGCGAUAAUAAAUAAAUAUAUAGUACCACGCAAGCGCGCGUGCGCGCAAGCACACACGACACGCAAGCCGACCAGCUAGAAACAAUCGGGAAACAAGGAACAAAGACUUUUCUAACGUCACUGUACUCUAUGUGCCUUCUUCCGCUUUCGAUGGAGCCAAUAACGUGUAACUAUUAAUAUACUUACGAGUGCUAUAACUAGAGACAGAACUUCGCAGAACAUCUCCUUCACUCUUAGAAAUGGCGACGUUAUUUCCGUUAUAAAUAAAAAUAGAGACGUUCCGAAAUCGAAGCUCGAUCUCGUGUACUUACGUUUUAUACGUGAAAUAUCGUGAGCUACGCUCACGAGAAAUCUAAUCAGUAUGGGAUAUUUGUAUACAGAUGCAUCAUUCAUACACCGCUCAUGAGACUUUUAUUGACUCGAAAUUAAUUAGGCGAUCGUGGCGAGCGUGACUGAAGCAAUCAAUGAAAGCUUCUCAAGACAAACUUUGGAAGUCAUAAAGGUGCAUCCUGAUCUAAUAUUUUCAAAAAAAUGGUCACGUAAGAAACUUCGACUUUUUGGAAAUUUUUAGAUCCUUCCCCUCCCCCCUUAAUGAUUACGAGGGAACAAUAUAGCGAUCAGUCGUUGACGGACGAGCAUGCGAAUACAUGACGAGCGAUUGUGUAUAUGAUCGAUUAAUUCCGCAUCAUGGAUGAAAAGGGAGAGAGAGAGAGAGAGAGAGAGAGAGAAAGCGAAGGGAAAAAAGAGAGGUGAGCAGGGGGAGAAUUAAAAUCCCCUUUGUGUCUGUGAAGUUACGACGAGCAAUGUAGAAUUUGCGUAAAUCUCGUGGUACAUUUUUAUCGGUAUGACUUUAUGUCGAAUAUACUUGUGACGCGAUAUGCAUGUGUGUGUUUAUGCGAAUUGUGUGUAACACCGUCUCUCUCGUUCUUUUUUUCUUUUUUUAAUAAAGUUUCCCUAUAUAUACAAAGCGCUGCAAUUAUGUCCUCUCAUUUCGCGCGUUUCAAUCCACUCCCAUUAAUUGCGAAUGUAUAAAAAUAAAAGGAAAAGCGAGCGAAUCGGCCUUUA